AUGGGUAGUAAGAAAGGGAGAGAUUUCAUUCCAUCUCCUAUCACAUCAGCUAAAGAUAACCCAGCAGCAGAUUGGAGAAACAUGAGGCGUAUUAUUGCUGAAGAUCCUGAAUGGUCAUUAGCCACAGUUCCUCUUCUUACAGAACUUGUAUUAAAGCACAUUGUAGACAACUUUGAAAGUAAUUCCAAAAUAUUAAAUGAUUUAUUGGGCAAACAUCAAGACAAAGUACUGGAGAAAAUUUCCAGUAGUCUUCCACUGAAAGUUACGGCUAAUUUGGUUGAUGAUGAAGGUUACUGGAAGAGAUGUUGUAAGGCUCGAUGGGAGAUCUGUGAUGUUUCAUAUUUUGGUGGGAAUUGGAAGAGAAUGUAUUUUGAAAAGAAUCUUCAAGAAAUAAUUGAACACUUUGUGCCUGAAACCACUGACCCUGAACAUCUUAAUGAGACACUUGCUUUAUCUGCUAAUUAUGUUAAAAGAGUUGAAAUAAAACAAUUAUUACCUCCAGUACGUGAAGCACCAAAAGGUCCCGAUUUUGAUGAUGCUUCUGAUGCUGGUAGUGAUGCAGGAGAUGAACCAGAAUGUGAUCAUUUUAAUUUUGGUGGAUUGCUCAAAGUACUUCCCAAUUUAGAACAUUUGAGUUUAACUUAUGGUGUAAGGGAUUGUGGAAUGAAUUUUGAAUGGCAAUUAUUUCAGUUUACAGCAAGAGACUGUUUGCAGUUGGCUCAAAGUGUGGCAGCUCACAAAUAUCUUCAAGUUUUUAAACUACAUAGAAGUAAAGUUGAUGAUGAUAAAGUUCGAGUGUUGAUCAGUCAUAUUUUGGAUCAUCCUGGAUUAAUCGAACUUGAUUUAUCUCACAAUCUGAUUGGCGAUCGUGGUGCUCGAGCUAUUGGAAAGUUUGUCAAUAAUCACAGCAAACUGAUCAGACUGAAUCUUUGUGAUAACCAGAUUAGAGCUGCUGGAGCUCAAGCUAUAGCUCAUGCUUUAACCAAAAAUAACACUGUCCAGUAUUUAAACCUCCGACUAAACAGACUUGGUGAUGAAGGUGGUCAAGCUAUUUGUCGUUCCAUGUUAAAGAAUUCUACAUUAAAAGAAAUUAAUUUGGGAAGUAAUGAUAUGGCUGAACCUACUGCAGCUAUACUGUCACAAGUAGUCAUGCAGAAUAUGACUUUACUCUCUAUAGACCUGUCUUGUAAUAGAUUAGGGCCUGAUGGAGGUAAACAGCUACAAGAAGGCAUGGAAGAAAAUACUACCAUUACUACCAUGGAUUUAAGAUUAACAGAAUGUGGUCAAGAAUCAGAAUACUGCAUUAAUCAAAUCUUACACAGGAAUCAAGAAGCUGAAAGAGAAGCUAGAAUAAAGGAGAUGGAGUUGAAAGCACCACCUCAGAAGAAGAUAGCUGAACCACAAGCUGCUCAUAGAUAUAAACCAAGAAUAACACAUGCUUAAAAUAUAAACCUACAAGGAUGUUAAUGUGUAUUAUUUAUAUGUUUCUGUGAUAAUUGUAAAUAAAUGGUUUCUAUAUAUCAAAAUUUACAGAUGCAGGCAUUUGGUUGAUUUUUUUAGACGAAAUUGCAAAGACAAGAUACAGCUAUAAAAAGCCAUAAAUAUCGCUCUCCUGGCUCUCACGUGGAGAAGCAUGUGCAAGUUGUACAAACAUUUCUUUGUUGUGACGCAGCUGAUGCUUGUCUCAAUUAAAAGCAUUUCACCUGAUAAAAGACACCAUGAUGAUACUAUAAUAGAAUAUUUGUUCACUGAUGGUAUUUCGGACUCCUCAAUUUGUUUAAAUAAAAUACCGGGCUGGCACCAAGUUAUUGCUAGGUACACCUGAUAGUCCGUCCGGGAGAUUCAACCGUAAAAGGUCACUCAGAAUGUUCCAUGGAUAUACGUCAAAUGUAAAAUGAGAACAGAAUUGAUGUUUUCAGGGAUGGGAAAAUCACUCCUGGGAUGAAAUUUAGUCCAAACUGAUUAUAGUUAAAAUUUUUAAGCGGAUGGGGCAGCAGAUAUUGGGACGACACGAAGUUCUGCCCUUUUUCUGGUGCAUAUGCUAUCUCGAGGAUGUAUCAACAGGUUUUGUUUCAUUUCUGAAGUCUAACUUUCGUUUAUUUGAUUUCUAGAAAUCGAUAUAAUCCUUUUUCAUAAAAUUUUUAACCGAU